GGCACAGUCCAGAAAAAGCUUUAAUCUUCUUUUCUUAGAAGUUUCUUGAUUGGCAUCACCAGUCCCUGAGAGCACUGUGAAUGUCAUCAUCUAAGAUUCCACUUUUUAAAAUGAAGGACCUGAUCCUGCUCCUGUGUCUCCUGAAAAUGAGCUUCGCGGUGCCGGCAUUUCCUCAGCAGCCGGGGGCACCAAACAUGGCACCACCAGGCAUGGCUAGUUUGAGUCUGGAGACAAUGAGACAGUUGGGAAGUUUGCAAGGAUUAAAUGCACUUUCUCAGUAUUCCAGAUUAGGCUUGGGGAAAUCACUUAAUCCUUUGUGGCUACAAGGUCUCCUCCCACCACCUUCCCCUUUCCCAUGGCUGAGACCAAGAGAACAUGAAACUCAACAGUAUGAGUAUUCUGUGCCGGUGCAUCCCCCACCUCUCCCAUCUCAGCCAUCCCAGCAGCCUCCACAGGCAGGCCUGAAACCUUUCCAGCAGCCCACUGCUACCCCUGCUGUCCAGGAUACACCCCCGAAGGGAGGGCCUCAGCCUCCGAUGCACCCCAGACAGCUGCCCUUGAAGGAUGGAGAAAUGCCAGAGGCUCAUCAGCAAGUGGCCCCAACAGAGAUGGCACUAAAUCCUGAGCUCUCAGGACUGGAUUUUGCAGACCCACAAAUUCCAUCAGUGUUCCAAAUAGCCCGUUUCAUAUCUCGAGUCCCAGUGCAACAAAAUAAACCAUCUACACUUUAUCCAGGAAUGCUUUACAUGUCCUAUGGAACAAAUCAACUGAGUGCCCCUGCAGCAAGACUUGGCUUCAUGAGUUCAGAAGAAAUGCCCGGAGGAAGAGGGGGACCCAUGACCUACGGAGCCCUGCUGCCAGGAUUUACAGGCAUGAGGCACACCAUUAGAAGGAUGCCCCAAGAUCCAAACAUGGCUGGAGACUUCACUCUGGAAUUUGACUCCCCGGCUGCAACUAAAGGCCCAGAAAAGGGAGAAGGUGCACAAGGCUCCCCACUGCAGGAGGCCAACCCAGACAAUCCAGAAAACGCAGCUCUUCUUUCCCAGAUAGCACCUGGUGCUCAGGAAGGGCUCCUCGGUUUCCCUAAUGACAAUGUCCCCAGCAUGGCAAGAGGCCCUGCAGGGCAGAGGAAGAGACCUCUUGGGGUCACCCCAGCAACCACUGACCCACUGAUGAUCCCUGAAUUAGCUGAGGCUUAUGAGACCUAUGAUGCUGAUGUCACCACACCCCUGGGAGAAGCUACCAUGGAAACCACAAUGACCCCAGAUACUCCGCAAUCACUGAUGCCAGGAAACAAAGCCCACCACCCCCAGGUGAUGCACAACGCAUGGCGUUUCCAAGAGCCCUGACAGCCUCAAACCCUCAGUUUGCUUCUGUGUGCACAAGCUGCACAGCUUCAUCCCUGUAGUGUACCUCUUCGCUAAAACACUGGCUGGCUACCCUCCUGCAGCACAGGCAUUAAAGCACCAUGCAUAUAUUAAUAAAUAUGAGUGGCUAGAAAUAGCUUAGGUUCCCUUCUUGCUUUUAUUCUCUUAUUGAAAUAAAAUGUGUCAAAUGUCUCCAUGAUUUAGAAAUACAAUUAAUAACACGAGAGCAAGUGUAAGAGUGUCCGCAUUUGAUAAGCUUGUUUCUUAGCUGUCUUAGUCAUUAUAGGAUUCCUCCUGUGAGCAUCAUAACACUAUUAUAUCCAGAAAAUGUGGUACUGCUUUUCUCUCUAAGCAAAGGCACGUAGUCUCAGAAUUCUAAGCUAUUUCAUUUAAACUUUAUGGAAUGGGGAUUGGUGCAGAACCCCUAACUGGUAUU